UCAACUGAAAACGGAUAUAAACAAAACGAGUGACCGAUUUAAUGCGUUUAUUCCUUUUUAUAUACAGUCUGUGGUUUAUUCAUAAGUUUGUAACAAGGCUUCGUAUGUGACAGCCGCUUUUGUGAAGGUAUUAUUAAAUAUUAUUAAGUUUUAAUUUAGAGUCCGAGUAAGCGAUUGACGUAACGUUGGUAAACAUAAACCGUCAGAGAAAAGGAGGUAUUUUCUGAGAAUAACGUAAAGUUACUACCGCUUCAUGUGUUUAGGUUUGACCUACCGGCAACGUUAACCUCAAUUAAACAAGGCGAUCUGGCGUUGAUUCAUCCCUCCCAGCACCUUUUAGUGUUUUGUGAUGGAAUCAUCUGACAACAUGGGGAACUUCAACCACAUGGUGGAGGCUGUGGCACUGAAUGAUGUUCCUGCUCCUGACUGCUCCACUGGACAGAAGGAUACCUCCCCGGCAGACAUGCUGAGAAUAAAACAGCAGAUGUCCAACCAGUGCUUUGAGAUGGCAGUACAGCUCCACGCAGGAAAAAGUAAGAGAUCAUGCAGUAUAUCUGAAGCUGAGAGAGACUUGCCAGAUUACGUUGAUGAGCUGGAAAAAGUCAAGACAAUUCAUUUUAACAGCACAUUGGCACUGCACAGAAUGCAGAUGUGGCACGCUAUUGGAGAAAAACUGAAACAGAAUGAUUCAGAGGCAGAUGCCCUGAAAGCUGUCAGUGAUCGCUGCAUGACUCUUUGUUCACGCAUAAAACAACUUCAGCAAGAGACAAGAGAUCUUCAAGAUGACAUCACAGAAAUACAGAAGAAGAGGCUUGAGAUGAAGCGGCUCACGCAUGAGAAAAUGAAAGAGAUGGAAGACUUGAUGUCCAAGAAAGAGCACCCAGAUAUAGAGAAGUACAAAGCUGCGUUGGAGAAAGGCCAGGCGAACCUGGAGAAGUAUAAAAAGAUGGCCAUCAUGACACAGAACGUACUCAGGGGCAUCCUCUUGGCCUGUAAAGUCAACUGGCUGGAUGAUCCCAAACUUCGAGACAUCGCCAUGACACUGGAGGAAUUUCCCAUCUCUGACUAGAGCAUGAAUCGAUUUAUGUCAUCUGUAUAUAUUUUCUGUAUUGUACCGUCUAAUAAAUAAUCAUCAAAACUGUUAAAACCA